CACUCAGUGUGGCUCGAUGGAACCCAGUCAUCACCCACCCUCUCAUAUUACAACGGCUGCCAAUAUGUCUCACCCUCACCACGCUCCUCACCCCGAAGGGGAGACAAUGAGAAAAAAGUUACGGGGAAGGAGGUGCACAAGGAAAAGAGAGGCGAGAAGCCAGCAGGGAAUAAACAGAAUGAAGGGCACAAGGAUCGGAUUUGGGGGAGUAAAACCAAAAAGGCAAGCCCACAGAGGCGCCAGCAGGACAUGACAUCCACUCAGUCUCCCUACAAAGGACUCCGCAUGUCUCAAAUGGACUUAAAGGAGACAGAAAGUGGGCCACCCAGUGAAGGAGGUCAAAGGCUGGAGGCCACAUCAAUGGAGAUGCAGGACCGCCAGAGUCUACCCGAGAUCAUCAUUACAACCAAAGAUGACUACCAGCCACAUGCUCCCAACCAAACACCCAGCUCUGACAAGAAUCACCCCAAGUCUGAGGCCAAGGCUGCCUAUGGUGGAGGUGAGGAGACCAGUGUUGCGCAGCACAAGGAUGGUGUCCAUAACUGCCCUCACAAGAAGACCCAGAGCAUCGGUCGUAGGCUGGUCCGCCGAAGGGCACUGUUUGAGAGGAGGCAGAGGCUGAAUGACUGUGCACUCGCUGCGGGGAUGUUUGGAGUGGUGGUCAUGAUCACCGAGACAGAGCUCUCCUGGAGCAUCUACAGUAAGAGCUCCAUAUAUUCCAUGGCUAUGAAGUGUGUUAUCAGCCUGUCCUCUCUUAUCCUGCUGGGUCUGAUCAUUGCCUACCACAUCUGUGAGGUGCAGCUCUACAUCCAUGAUAAUGGAUCAGAGGACUGGCAAAUUGCCAUGACAAUGGAGCGGGUGAGCCUGAUCGCCCUGGAGCUGUUUGUAGCGGCGGUACACCCGUUCCCAGUGGGUCUGCCAUUGUCAUGGCAAGCCAUGUCCCCCACGCUGUCAGAGACAGAGCUGGAGAUCGUGCUGGCUCUGCCCAUGUUCCUGCGACUCUACCUCCUGGGUCGUGCCUUGAUGCUGCACAGCCGACUCUACACAGACACCGCCUCGCGCAGCAUUGGCGCCCUCAACAAGAUCCACUUCAACAGCCGUUUUGUGGUCAAAACCCUGAUGACAAUCUACCCUGGCACUAUGUUGAUGAUCUUCAGCGUCUCUCUGUGGCUAGUCGCUGCAUGGGGCCUACAUGUCUGUGAGAGACACCACAACUAUAAGGACCUGAGCAGUAACUACAUGGAGGCCCUGUGGAUGGUCUCGGUCACCUUCUUGUCCAUUGGUUACGGGGAUGUUGUUCCCAACACCUACUGUGGCCGCAGCAUCUGUCUACUCACUGGCAUCAUGGGGGCUGGUUGCACAGUGCUGGUGGUUGCCGUGGUUGCCAGGAAACUGGAGCUGACUAGGGCAGAGAAACACGUCCACAACUUCAUGAUGGACUCCCAUUUUACAAAAGGGAUAAAAAUUGCUGCAGCAAAUGUACUAAGAGAGACUUGGAUGAUCUACAAACACACCAAGCUUGCCAGGGAGAGAGACCACUGUAGAGUACGCAUGCACCAGAGGAAGCUGCUACUCGCCAUCCACCAGCUGCGUGAUGUGAAGAUGGAGAGGAGGAAGUUGGCUGAUCAGGCCAACACGCUUGUGGAUCUCUGCAAGAUGCAGAAUCUGAUGUAUGACGUGCUGUCAGAGGUGAGUGGAUUCCGAGGGGACCUGGAAACACACAUAAACAGUCUGCAGCAGAAUGUGGAGGAGCUGAGAGAAGGCUUCAGGACCCUGAUGCCCCUCCUCUCCAGCACCCUCUCCACACAGAACUCUUCCAUCCGCCACCUGCUAAGGGAGAGGGAAGAGCAGCCAGACACGGAGAAUGGGAGGGCAGGAUAUGUAAGAUAGGAAGACAGAUGGCAGGUAUGGGUUGUUUAUAGUCAUGGGAAGAGGUAGAGAGUGAUGGGGAGCAGUUGGGAUCAGGAUAAUUAUGGGAUUUAGGUCAGGCUAGAAUUAAAUUAGAUUUAUUUCAGGCAGGAAAUAAGGCUACAUAUCAUGUUAUGGGUGUAAUGUCAAAUGAAGAGGUGGAAAAUUAAAAUGACAUUUCAUAAGACUAACUAUUUAAAGCUUACCUAAAUAAAGCAAUAAGUGGAUGGAAUUUUUUAACUGUAGAAUAUAUAUUUCACCUAUUUUGGUAAUCUUUCCUAAAAAAAACAUGAUAAUACUAGUCUUGAUUGCAACGUUGUCUGAAUAACAAUUAAAGUGUAUAUUGUUGUGUUAGCCAGCAUUUGUCUAUUAAUAGUUGUAAAUUGAAAAUGUACCCGAGUUUCAUAAUUGUAAUUAUAAAAAAUGUAUUCAGUUGUAAUUUCACAGUAAGUGAAAGAUAGUUUGGCAUAAGUAUUAUCUCCAAAUAUCUACUUUUUCCUGAAAAUUGUAUAAUAAUUUACAGUAAUGUUAGGAAUAAAUAAAGUGAUAUACAUUUUGUCAGACUAAAGUCUUAUUUUGGUGUCAAAUUGUUAAACUUAAAGUGCAAUCAGUAUUCAAACUCAAUCAUCUCCAGCACCAAACCAGUGUCCACAUUUGUAAAAACAGCGCGUUUCUAUGAUAUGUUGUUAAAAAGACAAGGUCCUAAAAAAAAUGCUUCUGUGACACAGGGUAGGAUAGAUGCUGCAUUCAAAACAACUGG